UAGGAGGACGGCGUGAUGGCGGCUGUAGGCAUUUUUAGAGAAGGCUUAGUGUGAUUGUCCAGCGUCGGUGUUAAGAUCCAAACGGAUAUGGGCUAGAUGCUGCGCCCUUCUUGCGAAACCCCAAUUCUCGUUGAAGGAUUUGGUGAAUCCUUAAUUGCACAUUUGUGGUUGCAUGCCGUCCACAUUUAGCUAAGCGGGGCCAAGAAUGCUGUGGCUGGAAAGGCCACCCCAGUGUGGCUGCAGCUCCUGCUCCCCGCAUCCAAAACUUCUCCAGCCACGCGCCUCGAAAUCUUAGGGCAGCCAAGGAAAACCCACAACUGCGAUUUUUUCGAUUUCGUCGACUUGAUACUCGGCACGGCUGCACCCCUUCCAACAACACCACCGAGUCGAACCUCUCAUAACCAGCCGUCACCAUGCCUCCCAAGUUCGACCCCAAUGAGGUUAAGGUCAUCCACCUCCGGGCGACCGGUGGUGAGGUCGGUGCCUCUUCGGCUCUUGCCCCCAAGAUCGGUCCUCUCGGUCUGUCGCCGAAGAAGGUCGGUGAAGAUAUCGCCAAGGCGACUGGUGACUGGAAGGGUCUUCGCGUGACCGUCAAGCUCACGAUUCAAAACCGCCAAGCCGCCGUCUCAGUCGUUCCCUCAGCAUCCUCGCUCAUCAUCCGGGCGCUCAAGGAGCCCCCCCGCGACCGGAAGAAGGAGAAGAACAUCAAGCACAACAAGUCGGUUUCCCUGGACGAGAUCAUUGAGAUUGCGAGGACGAUGCGGUUCAAGUCCUUCUCCAAGGACCUGAAGGGGGGCGUCAAGGAGAUUCUGGGCACCGCCUUCAGCGUCGGCUGCCAAGUGGACGGCAAGAGCCCGAAGGCGAUUAGCGAUGCGAUUGAGGCGGGCGAGAUCGACAGUAGGUCCCCUCUGAGUCCCUGGCUGAGGAAUGUCCUAUGUGACUUGGCCUGGCAUUGUGGCUAUGAGAGCAGAUCAAUCCGCUGA